UUGUGGUCGGCCAGUAUAUGCAGCUUGUUACGUGAUCCAUUACAACUGGAGAACCUAACAAUGUCUGACUCCAAGCAACCUCUGCAAUAAACAAUUCAAUGUCAACCAAGAGGCGCGAGCAUCAUCUCUUCAAGAUUGUCAACUCCUUACUCUUUAAAUCUCCAUCCCAAAACCAAAAAGAAUUAAUUCACACGAAUCAGAAAUUAAAUGGCAGAGAGGGGUGGAGAAGAGACUUCAAUCGAAGAGCAAUACGCAAAUCCCGAUUUCGAGAUCGCAUACUUCAGCGAUCAGUUUAUGGAUCUAUUCCGCAAAUCCGAUGAUCCUAUUCUCAGCUUCUCUUCUGAAAUAUACGACUUCGAUUGCCUAAACGACGACGUUACACUGAUGAAUCCGGUUGCAGAGUUCAAUAGCCCUCAAAACGACGACGUAGAGGAGGAGGAAUCCUCGCCCGAGAAGAGGAAAAAGAGCGAUAGAUCCACCACUUUGAUUUCCGAGAGACGCCGCCGCCGCCGGAUGAAGGAAAAGCUCUACGCUUUGCGCUCUUUGGUUCCUAACAUUACCAAGAUGGAUAAGGCAUCAAUAGUUGGAGAUGCAGUUUUGUAUGUGCAAGAACUGCAAAAGCAGGCAAAGAAGCUGAGAUCGGAGAUCGCCAGCUUCGACUCAUCAUCCACACGACUAAGUAAAAAUAAAUCAAAGGUGAAGAAAACAAGUGCUCCUACUCCCACACUCAAGAAGGUUUUCAAGAUGGAUGUAUUUCAAGUUGAAGAAGGAUGUUUUUACGUGCGUAUAGUGUCCAACAGAGAAAGAGGAGUUGCUGUGCUUCUCUACAAGGCUCUUGAUUCCCUCAAAAGAUUCCAUGUUAGAAGCUCUAAUCUGGCUUCUCAUGAUGAAAAUUAUGUCUUGACCUUCACUUUGCAUGUUGCUGCAGAAGAGGUGGAGACGGAUGUCUUACCAAGUGUGAAGAUGUGUGUUGGAAGAGCUUUUCUUGGUCAAGGAUUUGAUUUCGAAACAUCCUUAUCUGCUUAAUUAAGUAAAUCAAAUUAGCACCUCUUCGUAUUGAUUUCCACAUUUUGCAUGAGAUUUUUCC